CUCCACUCCGCCGGCGCCGGCUGUAGGGGUGGCGGUGGCUGCAGCGAGUGCCGGAGCCGGAGCCCGCGGGCUGCAGGGCGCUACGCGGUGCCGGGCGCCCGGGGCAGCCUGAUGCCCUGCCCGCCCGGCCGGAUCGCAGCGGCCGGGACCUCGCUCCUCGUCCCCUUCGCCGCAGGUGGCUGCCCGCGGCCAUGGAGCCCGGCGUGCGGGGGCAGCGGGCCGGCCGGGGCUGAGCGCCGAGCCGCCCCUCGCGGGCGGGCCAUGCCCCAGGGGCCGGGCGCGGCGCAGGGACCGCUGCCAAACUUCUCCGGGAGCCGAGCGCCGCCCGUGCCUAGGGAGCGCCCCGGCCCGCCGGACUCGGGGUCCCCGCCGGCGGCGGGCGCCGGGGAGAGACUCCGCAGCUCCUGCCCGAGCUCGUCUGCUGCUGCCCCGGGCCAGCCGCGGCCGGGGCCGGGGCGCGCUGCGCUCACGAUGGUCGGCGCCGGCCGGGGGCUCCGGACCCUGCUGCUCGUGCUGCGGCUCCCGCUGCUGGCGGCCGCCGCCGCCAAGGCGCCCGUGUGCCAGGAGAUCACGGUGCCCAUGUGCAAGGGCAUCGGCUACAACCUGACCUACAUGCCCAACCAGUUCAACCACGACACGCAGGACGAGGCGGGGCUGGAGGUGCACCAGUUCUGGCCGCUGGUGGAGAUCCAGUGCUCGCCGGACCUGCGCUUCUUCCUCUGCAGCGUGUACACCCCCAUCUGCCUGCUGGACUACGCCAAGCCCCUGCCGCCCUGCCGCGCCGUGUGCGAGCGGGCCAAGGCCGGCUGCUCGCCCCUCAUGCGCCAGUACGGCUUCGCCUGGCCCGAGCGGAUGAGCUGCGACCGGCUGCCGGCGCUGGGGGACCCGGACACGCUCUGCAUGGAUUACAACCGCAGCGAGCCCACCACGCCGCCCGCCGCGCCGCCCGGCCUGGCCAAGCCCACCCGCGCCUCCAGGGGGCCCCAGCGGAGCCUGAGCCCGGACUGCGGCCGGGUGUGCCGCUGCACCGAGCCCUUCGUGCCCAUCGCCCGCGAGUCCCACCCGCUCUACAGCAAGAUCCGGACCGGCCAGGUGCCCAACUGCGCCGUGCCCUGCUUCCAGCCCUACUUCACCCAGGACGAGAAGACCUUCGCCAGCUUCUGGAUCGGGCUCUGGUCCAUCCUCUGCUUCCUCUCCACCUCCACCACCGUGGCCACCUUCCUGAUCGACAUGGAGCGGUUCCGCUACCCGGAGCGGCCCAUCAUCUUCCUCUCCGCCUGCUACCUCUUCGUCUCCCUGGGCUACAUCGUGCGGCUGCUGGCGGGCCACGCCAGCGUGGCUUGCAACGCGGAGUACCGCCACGUGCACUACGAGACCACGGGCCCCGCGCUCUGCACCGCGGUCUUCCUGCUGCUCUACUUCUUCGGCAUGGCCAGCUCCAUCUGGUGGGUGAUCCUGUCCCUCACCUGGUUCCUGGCCGCCGGCCUGAAGUGGGGCAACGAGGCCAUCGCCGGCUACUCGCAGUACUUCCACCUGGCCGCCUGGCUCAUCCCCAGCGUCAAGUCCAUCGCCGUGCUGGCCCUGAGCUCGGUGGACGGGGACCCGGUGGCGGGCGUGUGCUACGUGGGCAACCAGAACCUGGACAACCUGCGGGGCUUCGUGCUGGCCCCCCUGGUGGUCUAUCUCUUCACCGGGACCCUCUUCCUGCUGGCGGGCUUCGUGUCCCUCUUCCGCAUCCGCAGCGUCAUCAAGCAGGGGGGCACCAAGACGGACAAGCUGGAGAAGCUGAUGAUCCGCAUCGGCAUCUUCACCGUCCUCUACACGGUGCCGGCCACCCUGGUGGUGGCGUGCUACGUGUACGAGCAGCACUACCGGGAGAGCUGGGAGAAGGCGCAGAACUGCUCCUGCCCCGGCGACCCCAGCAAGCCCAAGCCGGACUACGCCGUCUUCAUGCUCAAGUACUUCAUGUGCCUGGUGGUGGGCAUCACCUCGGGCGUGUGGAUCUGGUCCGGGAAGACGCUGGACUCCUGGAGGCAGUUCACGGGGAAGUGGUGCCGGGGCAGGAAGCCCUCCGCGUACGGGGAAGCCAGCUCCGCUUUGACAGCCAGGGCUGGGGGCGCGGCCGCCGCGUCCUACCACAAGCAGGUCCCGCUCUCUCAGGUGUGACGGGCACCGGGACCGCGCCAGACUCCCCCGGGGCCGUGCGAGCUCCGCUCCGGGGGCCGGGAGCUGCUGCCUCCCCCAGCACUUCGUAAGGGGCAGGGGAUCCCGCUGGGAAGUGCCAGGGUCCCCCGAAGCGGGUGCGGCCCCCUGGCUGCGUGGGGAGAGCGGACUGCUCGGGCCGGCCCCGCUCGCAGGUAACUCCAGCCCCUUGCGGGUACCAGCAGGGACGGUUCCCUAGGGCUGGCUGGUAGAUUUCACUCCGAGUUGGCCACGGGCGGAUGUAACAGACGAGGGAGCCCGUUGAACGGAGACUUUCAGAAGAUCGACGCACUGGAAGAGCAACUUCCAGUGUAACUUUAUUCAGAAACCCUGGGUGGCGGGGCCGGAGAAUAAAGACGGGGCUUUCGUGCCCCUUUUACCGA